AUGGCUUCCGGGCUGCCGCCGAUGAGCCCGAGUAGUUUUCUACUUCCAUCAAAUGAGAAUCCAAGUUCGUCAGCCGAAAGAAAACUACCAUCAGGCUUGGGAAUAUUUACGAACUUCCAAAGCCCACAGCCACCUGAGCCAUUCUUUUCUGCUACUAGUCCUAUUGGUGAUGCAGCAUGGCCGUGGCCGCUUCGCCGAGAAAGCAAUGCAAAUACACUCAACAACUUGAUACCCUCUGUCAAGUAUAUGGACUUCGAAAGGUUCAAGAACCGAUACACAUCUGAAGAUGGACAUAAUAUCAUCGAAGUUCUUAGAGGUGGCAAUGAUCUUAUCAAAGAAGUAUACCGAGAGGAAAAGAGAAGAAAAGGCCGCAAGAAAGAUUCAUUUGCAAGAAGAAAUAUCAAGCCACUAAGCGAUGAUGUGAACUCGAAUGGUUGGAUUCACAGGAUUAGGAUACAAUCCCCUCCAGUUCUUAAAAUCCUCGGGAGGAUUGCCAACGGCGAUUUUGGCCGUUCGACAACCCCUUUGACCUUUUUCCGACCUUUCAAAUUAUUUAUCCAUUACCAGCCUGAAGUUAAGAAGGUUCUCAGUAUAUUAGAGGAACGAUGGGCGAGUAAAGCGGAAAAACCGGGUACUAGCGAAGCGAACCCAGAAAGUACAGCACAGGGAAACACGAAAGAUGCCGAUACCGAUGAUAUAGACCCCGGCGAAGAAUCCGACGAAGAAUCGGUCGACGGUGGCGGUUCAACACUUGGGAUCGAAGGCUCGGAUAUCGAUACCAUUGAAGCCUUAGAACAUUUAAGAUGCUAUGUCGAAUUCGUUGACAAAGAACUUAUGCACUUGCCGGAAUCAUUCAGCGGGACUACUCGUCGUAGAAUCCGUUUUAGCGACUUAUGGUACCUUUUCAAACUCGGAGACUAUGUCUACUGGCGUCCCGCUGGGGAUUCAACCGCAUCGAAAAAAUCCGAUAAGUUCGAUGCUACGAGACGACCUCCCAGUACAUCUGCUUACCAGUCAAUAUGGAUGGUAUAUGGUGUUUCGUGUUCAAAUAUAGAUGAUGACGACCCGGACGACAUAGAAGGGAAAAACAAUUCUUUUACGGUUUGGGCAUAUAGUAUUGACUAUGAUGGACAGAGGUACGGGAUGAUCACCAAGCGUUUCGAUAUGGGCCAGUGGGCUGGAGAGAAGGAAAUAACAUCUCUCGAUGUGUACCCUAUUCGAUACUGCAAACAGCCAGAUGUUAUUCUUGCGGAUCUUAAGGACCGAGGGAGAAGAUUUCAAGCUUGCGUCGAAAGACGACAUCUCUACUAUGAAGGAUGGACAAUGGCCGACGAUUCGAACGGACUAAAAGAGAACCAUAUCGAUAGCCUGCCCCAACAUGUGGAGAGCGAUGUCAUCGUCGAUUUUUUGGAGACUCUGCAGUCUAACCCCUCCUGGAAACCUGAGCAUGCCAAUUUGAAACUACACCCAGAUGACUAUCCCAUCGGAGAGGACAGCAUGGUAAUAUUCGAAUGGCUUGAUGCUAAAGGUGGUAGACAAGAGAUACAAGAGCGCACCCUCCGCAACGACAGCGUGGUUGACCGCCAACAAGAGGAAUAUAUAAAAUCAAACCCUUUCCUUCUUACCGUCCUCAACGGCCUCGACCCGGAAAUAACGGAGAACGAGUACAUUCUUUUACCACGGCGUUUAUUCGUCUACAUUUUACGCGAGCGCAAGUUUGCCAAAAUCGAUGUUACAUACGUGAAGGAUAUAUCAGUAGACUCUAAUCCCUUCGACGACUUGAAGCUUAAAUCUGGAUACAAGGAGCUGGUGCAAAGCUUAGUCGACUCUCACUUUAAGAAGAACAAAAUCCAGAAGGAGAGCCAGAAACUACGAACGAAUCAGGACCUAAUACUCGGAAAGGGUGCAGGGUUGAUUAUCUUACUUCAUGGCGUUCCUGGCGUCGGGAAGACGGCAACUGCUGAGGCAGUAGCACAAUCUAAUCGGAAACCACUCUUUGUGAUAACGUGCGGAGACCUUGGAUUCACGCCUAAAGAGGUUGAGAAUUCAUUAACCGAAAUAUUUCGGCUUGCCGGCCUUUGGGACUGUGUUCUACUGCUGGACGAAGCGGAUAUCUUCCUUUCAAGAAGGGAAAAAUCUGACCUCAAACGAAAUGCACUCGUCUCAGUUUUCCUCAGAGUUCUAGAGUAUUAUAGUGGAAUACUAUUCCUUACUACUAACAGAGUCGGCCAUCUCGAUGAAGCAUUCAAAUCCCGUAUUCACAUCAGUCUUUACUACGAACCUCUCGACAAAGACCAAACAAUCGAAAUCUUCAAAAUGAACAUGGCAAGGCUCGAAAAGAUGGAAAAGGAACGUGUCCAAUUCCAAGAAACUUCCGACGAGAAGCUUCCGGAAGUAUGCAUAGAGGAGAAACGCAUCCUCGACUUUGCAGAUCGCCAUUUCGAUGACUCCGACGAGUUCGAAAGGUGGAACGGACGUCAGAUACGCAAUGCUUUCCAAAUUGCAUUCUCACUCGCCAAUUAUGAGUUCCAGAAAAGUCAAGCCGCCGAUGUCAAUAAACAACGAGUAUUAGAAACCGCUGAUACCACUACCCUCAAAGUUCGUGGAUCGGUUACAAAACGCUCAUCAUCUAGAGCACGGUAUCAUGAUUUCCCGGUUCUCGACGAUAUCCACUUUAAACAAGUCGCAGAAGCAACUAGGAAGUUUAGCCAAUAUAUGCAGGCAGCAACUAACAGCACUGAUAGAGAUUUUGCCCAAAGUGGUGGUUACCGCGCAGAUGAUUGGCACUAUGAUGACCGCCAGUCUCCGUGGGCACGCCAGCCAGUAUAUCCGGGCCCAAGGAUCUCCCAAUAUGGGGCCCCUCCACCACCACCACUUCCGCGAGGAAGUGGAGGAGGAGGAGGAGGUAGGUACGGCUCACGCCCGCCACCUCCUCCACGGGGUUAUAGUAGAGAGGCCGACGGUUAUGACUGGGGUAUCUCAUAUGAAGAUGCGGCUCCUCCCUCGAGAAAUACAUAUAUUGAAGGACCAUAUGAUGACAGAAGAAGAAGGAGAGACGGUGCUCAACUCGACGAUGAUUACUCACAAGCUUCGGCAUCCCCCCCGCCAAGAAAACAAGGGGACCGGAGAGGCAGUAACAAUGUGAGACGAAAACCCAGCGACACAAGGGAAUCUGGCCGGUCAAGAAGGAAGGAUUCUCUAUAUAGGGAUAGCGAAGAUAAUAACCCGUCUGAGGAUGAGCUGUCACACUGA